UUCCUUUCCUCGAUCACCCUCCUCCUCCCCCUUGGCCUCUCCCCAUCUGAUUAGGCGCGGACCGGGAAGGGUGGGAGUGGUGGGGGAAGGUCUCUCUCUCUCUCUCCUCUCUCUCCCUUCUAGAGGCAGCGUACAGUGACGAAUUGUUGAAAUUGCCAUUUCAGGAUGGCAUGCCGCUAUAAAUUCAUUGUUCCACCUCCUCGCAUCUUCACAGCGCUCGCGCUGCUCGCCGCGCUCGCCGCCGCCGACUGGGGAUGAGGGCGGCCCGGAAGAGCCGGCCGCGGCGGGGACCCGGCCGCGCUGCUGCUGCCCCGGCUCGCCGCCCCCCGCCCCCGACGCUGGGGCUUUAAUUUUGUUUUGCAUGACUUUCCCGCUCCCCCUUUCCACGUCGCCUCUUUCCUUCCCAUCCUCCCGAUUGCAACAAAGCCAAGGCAACCCCACAAAAUAAGAAAGGAAGUGGGGGACCACAGCUCCAAGCGACCGCGGCGCGAGAAUCCGGACCGGCAAGCGGGGUGCCGCCAGGAAGGUUACUGCAACCAGUUGCGGGCCCGGUGUAUGAUACGAUUAUCUUCUUGUUGUUGUGAUUGUUGUUGUUAGGUGCAACGGUUGGGACUGCAUCUGUCUGUAUUUUCUUUGCAAUAUUUGCAGAAUCUCCACCCCUUGGCUUUUUUAAUUAAUAUGUAUAUCAUUUUUGCCACCUCUUUCCGGAAGGCAAAUCCAAUCAUUGUUUCUUGGUGUUGUUUUGUUUGCUUUUAAUUUUUUUUUUCACCCCCAAACCAACAAAGAAAAGUUCGCAAGCUGGCACCACGGCCAGGACCGGCUGGCGCUUCUGCUGCUGUUGCUGCUGCUGCUGCUGCUGCUGGGGCUGGCGGUCCCUUUCCGACACUCAGCAACCUUGCAAGCAAGUGUGUCUGUGCGUGUGUGUGCGCGCGCGCGCGCGUGUGAGUGUGAGUGUGUGUCACCCCCCCCUCCCCAUCCCCGCCCCUGCAAACUUCUCUAGCAAAUAACAAAUACCUAUAAAGUGCCGGUGGCGCAGCCCCUCCCCGCGGGCAGCGCACUAUGCUGCUCGGGUGGGCGUCCCUGCUGCUGUGCGCCUUGCGCCUGCCCGCGGCCGCCGCCAGCUCCGCCGCGGCACCUGCCCAGGAUAAAACCGGGCCGCCCCGGGCGGCCGCCGCGGCCGCGCAGCCCCGCCGGCGGCGAGGGGAGGAGGAGGCGCGGGAGCCCAUCCAGCCUCCGGACUCCCUCCAGCCCUGGACGCCGCCGGCGCGGCCGCGCACGAGUAGCGGGCUGGUGCAGAACAUCGACCGACUCUACUCCGGCGGCGGCAAGGUGGGCUACCUGGUGUACGCGGGCGGCCGCCGAUUCCUUCUGGACCUGGAGAGGGACGACUCGGUGGGCGCCGCUGGCUUGGUCCCGGCGGGGGGCGGGCUGAACGCCCCCGGGCGCCACCGUGGCCACUGCUUCUACCGGGGCACGGUGGACGGCAGCCCCCGAUCGCUGGCUGUCUUUGACCUUUGCGGGGCUCUCGACGGCUUCUUCGCGGUCAAGCACGCGCGUUACACCCUGAAGCCGCUCGUGCGCGGCCCCUGGGCGCAGGCGGAGGCGGACAAGGUGUAUGGAGAUGGAUCUGCGCGGAUCUUACACGUCUACACCCGCGAAGGCUUCAGCUUCGAGGCCCUGCAGCCCCGCGCCAGCUGUGAGACCCCCGCGUCCCCGCCGGGGUCCCGCGAGCGCCCCCCGGUGCGCGGUCAUCCCGGCCCACGUGCAGCGCUGGCCCCGCGGCUUCCCAGCCCGGCUUCCCUCCCACCUGCCGGCGCCCCGGGCCCCCAGACGUGGUGGCGGAGGCGGCGCCGCUCCAUCUCCCGAGCCCGCCAGGUGGAGCUGCUCCUGGUGGCGGACGCAUCCAUGGCACGGAUGUACGGCCGGGGCCUGCAGCACUACCUGCUCACCCUGGCCUCCAUCGCCAACCGGCUGUACAACCACGCCAGCAUCGAGAACCACAUCCGCCUGGCCGUGGUGAAGGUGGUGGUGCUGGGCGACAAGGAUAAGAGCCUGGAGGUGAGCAAGAACGCGGCCACCACGCUCAAGAACUUUUGCAAAUGGCAGCACCAACACAACCAGCUGGAAGACGACCACGAAGAGCACCACGACGCCGCCAUCCUGUUCACGCGGGAGGAUUUAUGUGGGCAUCAUUCAUGUGACACUCUGGGAAUGGCAGACGUUGGGACCAUAUGUUCUCCGGAGCGCAGCUGUGCAGUGAUUGAAGACGACGGCCUCCACGCAGCCUUCACCGUGGCUCAUGAAAUUGGACAUCUACUUGGCCUCUCCCAUGACGAUUCCAAAUUCUGUGAAGAGAACUUUGGCUCCACAGAAGAUAAGCGCUUAAUGUCUUCCAUCCUAACCAGCAUUGAGGCAUCCAAGCCCUGGUCUAAAUGCACCUCAGCCACCAUCACGGAAUUUCUGGAUGAUGGCCACGGUAACUGCCUGCUGGAUCUACCACGAAAGCAGAUCUUGGGCCCUGAAGAACUCCCAGGACAGAUCUAUGAUGCUACUCAGCAAUGUAACCUGACGUUCGGGCCCGAGUACUCGGUGUGCCCCGGCAUGGACGUGUGUGCCCGGCUGUGGUGCGCUGUGGUACGCCAGGGCCAGAUGGUGUGUCUGACCAAGAAGCUUCCGGCCGUGGAAGGGACGCCCUGUGGAAAGGGGAGAAUCUGCCUGCAGGGCAAGUGUGUGGACAAGACCAAGAAAAAAUAUUACUCAACAUCAAGCCAUGGUAACUGGGGGUCCUGGGGCCCCUGGGGCCAGUGUUCACGUUCUUGUGGAGGAGGAGUACAGUUUGCUUAUCGCCACUGCAACAACCCUGCACCCAGAAACAGUGGCCGCUACUGCACAGGGAAGAGAGCCAUCUACCGCUCCUGCAGCGUCUUGCCCUGCCCAGCCAAUGGUAAAUCUUUUCGUCUUGAGCAGUGUGAAGCCAAAAAUGGCUAUCAGUCUGAUGCCAAAGGAGUCAAAACAUUUGUGGAAUGGGUUCCCAAAUAUGCAGGUGUGCUGCCAGCAGAUGUGUGCAAAUUGACCUGCAGGGCCAAGGGCACUGGUUAUUAUGUAGUCUUCUCACCAAAGGUGACCGAUGGGACCGAGUGCCGGCCUUAUAGCAAUUCUGUGUGCGUGCGAGGAAGGUGUGUACGAACUGGCUGCGACGGCAUCAUCGGCUCUAAGCUGCAGUAUGACAAGUGUGGGGUGUGUGGAGGAGACAAUUCCAGCUGCACCAAGGUUAUAGGAACCUUCAAUAAGAAAAGUAAGGGUUACACUGACGUUGUGAGGAUCCCCGAAGGGGCGACCCACAUAAAAGUCCGACAGUUUAAAGCCAAAGACCAGACAAGAUUCACCGCCUACUUAGCCCUGAAGAAGAAGAACGGUGAGUACCUCGUCAAUGGAAAAUACAUGAUCUCCACCUCAGAGACCAUCAUCGACAUCAAUGGGACGGUGAUGAACUACAGCGGCUGGAGCCACAGGGACGACUUCCUGCACGGUAUGGGCUACGCAGCCACGAAGGAAAUUCUCAUCGUGCAGAUCCUUGCCACGGACCCCACGAAAGCAUUAGAUGUCCGUUACAGCUUUUUUGUCCCCAAGAAGUCUACUCAAAAAGCGAACUCGGUCACUCACCACAGCAGCAAUAAAGUAGGAGCAACCACUCAACAGCUGCAGUGGGUGACAGGCCCCUGGUUGGCCUGUUCCAGGACCUGCGACACUGGCUGGCACACCAGGACAGUGCAGUGCCAAGAUGGAAGCCGGAAGCUAGCCAAGGGAUGUCUUCUAGCUCAGAGACCUUCGGCCUUUAAGCAGUGUUUGCUGAAGAAAUGUUAGCCUGUGGUGAUGCUCUUGUGCACAAAGAUAAUGGGAGGAUCCGUCGUGGAGACAGACAUGGUGAAGAGGAGGCAUACUCAACGCACAGAAAGCCAUGCUUCCAUGUCAUUGUCACCAGGAGUCGAGUUAUGGGCAGAAUCUGCUCUCUAUGACCAAAAAGAUGAACUGCUUAGUGUGAUCAUGGUGACCUUGGAAUACAGAAGAUCCUGGGAGUUACUGAACCUCCCCUAGGCCUACAAGAAUGAGACAAGAAAA